AUGAGCGAAUUUGCAGAGACUCACAAGCGCGAACCUGAUUCAGAAAACAAGGACGAAGUUUCUGCAUCGAAGAAGUCAAGGGUUGAAUCUUCGGAAGAUAAUGCCUCAAAGGAAGUAUCUUUCCGCAUUGAAGCAGACGCGGCGGAGGAUAAAGGAUUGAGACAAACAAUGGAGGAUGAAUGGGUUGUUCUUCUCGAUGCAGCUCGAGAUUACCCUGGGAGUUUGAGAUGUGCUCACUUUGCAAUUUAUGACGGACAUGGGGGCCGGUUAGCUGCAGAGUAUGCUCAAAAGCAUUUACAUGGAAAUGUUCUUGCAGCAGGAUUACCACGUGAGUUGUUGGAUGUAAAGACUGCUAAAAGAUCUAUACUUGAUGGUUUUCGUAAAACUGAUGAGUCUCUUCUUCAAGCAAGUGCUGAAGGAGGAUGGCAGGAUGGUGCUACAGCUGUAUGUGUUUGGGUAUUGGGUCAAAAAGUUUUUGUCGCAAAUGUAGGAGAUGCCAAAGCAGUUUUAGCUCGGUCAGUUGUAUCUGUUGGAUCCCAAGAUAACUCAGACAAAGUCCAUGCUCUCAAGGCCAUUGUUUUGACGAGAGAACACAAACCUAUAUUCCCACAGGAGCGUUCACGCAUUCAGAAGGCUGGUGGUGUUGUGAGCUCAAAUGGACGAUUACAAGGGCGUCUUGAAGUAUCUAGGGCUUUUGGAGAUCGGCAGUUCAAAAAGGUGGGUCUUGUUGCGACCCCAGAUAUCCAUUCAUUUGACCUUACUGAUAGAGAUCAUUUCAUCAUUCUUGGUUGCGAUGGAUUGUGGGGGGUAUUUGGUCCCAGUGAUGCUGUUGAUUUUGUUCAGAAGUUGUUGAAUGAGGGACUAUCUGUAACAGUUGUGAGCCGCCGUCUUAUAAGGGAAGCUGUUCGAGAACGUCGAUGCAAAGAUAACUGCACUGCAGUUAUCAUUGUAUUCAAGCGAAAUUAA